GACACCGUCACGUCCGGUUGAGUGGAGUGAGCCCACUGUCUUUCCUAGACGAUCUCUGGACGCUUCGGUCCGCGUGCUCACCGUGACCGAGAGAGAUAGAGGGAGGGAAGGGGGGGGGGAGAGAGAGAGAGAGAGGGGGAAAGGCGUUUCCAUGCUGGGUCGCCGGUUUUCGAUUCACUCUUCGCGGAGAGCAGUCACGACCGUCGUCGGCUCGCUCGGUGUGACCACGUCACGGCCUUAGGACUUGCCUCCUCUUCUCCCCAUCGCGCUCUUCAUCGCAUCGCCGCGACAUCGAGCGAACUGGACUUUUCUUUCGUUUUCUUCCCCCCCCCCUCUCUUUCUCUCUCCUUCCUCCCACGAACGUCUGACCAGUUUCCGGCUCCGAUUCGAGCUCCUCCGCGCCGUCAAAGUCCCCCCCAACGUCCAAGCAUACUCGCUUGGCCGCACGCGAGACGAUGGCGGAGUACAGCUCCCUGCUCAGCGAGCUGUCGGACAACAUCACCAACGAGGACCUGGAGCAGCUCAAGUCGGCCUGCAAGGAGGACAUCCCCGAGGAGCACAGCGACGCCAUCACGUCCUGCAAGGACUGGUUCAACUACCUGGAGAAGAACGACAAGCUGGCCCACGACAACCUGUCGUACAUGGAGCACAUCUUUGAGAUUUCGCGGCGUCCCGACCUUCUGACCCGUGUGAUCGAGUAUCGCACCACCGUGCUGAAGAUCGACGAGGACGACGAGAUCGACACCAAGCUCACGCGCAUCCCCUCGGCCAAGAAGUACAAAGACAUCAUCCGCCAGCCAUCCGAAGACGAGAUCAUCAAGUUGGCCCCGCCGCCCAAAAAGGCGUGAAGCCGCCGACUAGUCACCGCUCUAGUCAACCCGCCGACCGACACGAGGCCCUUAACACACACACGCGCACACACACAUUCACAUGCACGCACGUAACCAAACUGACAACAUGAAGCUUAUAUUUGUACUCUCCUGUCAUGGAUUCCAUUGUUAACGUUAGUACAGUUCUGCUCCGCGUUUGGAUGUUUUCGUUUUUUUGGAGAGACGCAAACUAACUUUACUGCACUAAGUACGUACAUCGGUCUUGUCAAAAGAAUUGAAAGCCUAAACUGACACUGUGUCCUCGCAUUUAAAAAAAAAUAAAAUAAAAAAAAAAAAAAAAAAAUAGUUUUACUGUCUAACAUGCUCCCUUUUGCUACGUUUUCCUCUCAUCUGUUGUUGUCGUCGUUUUGGCCAGUUAGCGAGUCGUAGUUAGCGCUUACCACAGCUGGAAAUGUCCACAAAGUCUCUUUACAAUUCCAAAAAUGGCUUGGAAAGCAAUUCGCUUGUUCUAUGCACUGCAUCGCAUAUGUAUUUAAAAGUCACACUUUUCUCACAAUUGCCCAAAUUUCCCCACACACACAAACACAAACAAAAAACAGCUCAUUCGGGACAUCUUGGGAAUUCAAGCACAUUACUCCAAUUCCCACAUUUGUCAUGAUUCCAUUUUUAAUGACAACAUACACAAAUAAAUGCAGAUGUUUCAAACCAUUCCGUUCAGCAGCUUAUUCAUUCGCCAAAAUUCUACAUUUUCAAAUAUUUCACAUAUUGACCACAUUCCCGCAUUUUUCUGCACUGUGCAUUCUUCAUGACCAAAAUCCCACAAUGACGGACAUAUUCCAAAUUUCUGCUUUUUUUUUUUUUUUUUUUUUUUUUUUUUUUUUUUUUCCCGGGCUCACAUUUAACAUUUGAUUCCGUUUGCAUGAAUUCAUCUCGCAAUUUCUAGAGGAAUUUAACUUUCUCGUUUUGUAGUUAUUUCCCAAAAUUUCGUCUAACCAUUUGCUUUUGUACUAAACGAAUUGUAAAGAGACUUUAUCGAGAGGACUCAAACUUGCAAACGCCACUUCACUUCGCUUUGCCGCGGCCGAUUUGCCAUGUGUUUGCGGUCAAAGGUCAAUGUCGUCGGUGCGCGUCAAGCGAGUUGGCCCCAUCGCCGUUAGUAGUAACAAACAUGCACUUUUGCCGGCGGCGCUUCCUCACUGGCGAAGGCGUUUCUCGGCAUUCCCCUGUUGCGUUCCAGCAUGAUCGCAGGCUGUCGUUGCUACUUUUUUUGUUCCUUCUUUUUGAAAAUUGGAACCUGAGCGAGUGUGAUUUUAUGACCGGCUGACUCCUUCUUUUUGUUAUCCGUGCGCUCGUUCGUGCGCUCGGUGCCAAUGUGCGCAAGCUGUUUUGCUUUUUCGCGGUGGCGGCCUCGCAGCUUCCCGCUCGGUCGCCAUGGUAACUGUGAGCCAGACGUCAAUAAGGCACAUAGCAGAACAACAUAUCAAAGACAAAAUGAUGUCCAAUAUUGAUUUCCAUCGCAAGUACAUAUCAAGUUAGGAACAAAACAAAACAGAGAGGCAGAUAUUUAGUGAAGUCAUUUGUGCUUAAAGACUGUUUGUUUUUCAUUUUCUUGAAUAUGUAAAUAUGUAUUUUCAAUAUAAACUACUGCGUUCAUUUGUUAUGAUUAAUUUAUUUCCAGCCAAUAUAUUGUUGUUUUUACCUGCGUGCCCUGAUGUUUGACUAACUGGCAGUGCUGUGACAAGACAUUUUCUUUCCCGAACGUUGACAAAAGUGUAUUAAUGUAAGCGUGUCGGUACAGCGUUGGCGCACCGUGGGUUCCGAACGAAGAGCGAGAGAAAGAGAAAGUGAGCGUCCGUGCUUCAGGAGUUUGCAUGAAGCCAUUAAAGUCGUUGAGGGAAGUCAUUCCGGAUUGUUUUGUUUUUUUUGUUGUUGUUGGUUUUUUUCCCCCAACAAAGUGUUUUAUUCCGCCGAGUGUGAAGUUGCUGCUUGUUGUCAUGAUUUCAAGUCAAAAUGUAAUAAUGCCAUUUUGUCAUUGUGCUAAAAUGAAUAUACAUAUUAUAUUUAAAUAUAUUUGCUAACCUACA